AUGGAUUCGCGUGCAGAUGUUGUGCUGCCCUCGAAUCCGAACGAGAACGGGGCGACGGGCAUCUUGGCGGCCACCACCUUCGUCGUCUGUCUGGCGACCAUCACCGUCAUUGCCCGUCUCUACGUCCGAUUCCUCAUCAUCCGCAACACAGGAUGGGAUGAUUGGUUCAUGGUCAUGGCCAUGACCUUGGCUUGGGCCGGUCAGGGAACCAUCUUCGGGCAGGUUGCUCAUGGCGCAGGACAACAUGUUGGCGACGUCGAUCCGGCCGUCUACAUGAUCGGCAUGAAGCUUAACUUUAUCAGCCAGCCCAUCUUCUUGAUUGCCAUCUGCAUAGUUAAGCUUUCGGUGGGAUCAUCCCUGCUUCGGAUUGCCUCGACCAAGUUUUAUCGCGUUCUCAUCCUGUCAAUCAUGGGCUUCAUGGCCUUCUAUACCGUCGGAUGUUUCUUCACAAUCAUGUUCCAAUGUACCGAUAUCCGUAUUCAAUGGGACAGAACAGUCAAGGCGACCUGCUGGACCAAAAACACGCUCCUGGGUCUAUCGUACACCAACUCCGCACUCAACAUCAUUACCGAUCUCCUCUUCGCCAUUGUUAUCCCCACGCCGAUGCUGUGGAACCUCAACGUGCACUUCCGCACCCGCGUCAGUCUCAUCGCCAUUCUCGGCCUCGGUGUCUUCGCUUGCGCGGCCGCCGUUGUCAAGCUCGGCUACGUUACCAACUACGGAAAACUCGGCGACUGGCUUUGGGAUUCUCAGAACAUCACCAUCUGGUCGUGUGUCGAACUCAACGUCGGAAUCAUUGCCGGUAGCUUGCCUUGCCUGCGACCAAUCUUCAGGCGCAUCCUCGGCAGCACGUACGGCAAGAGCUCCCGAAAGACGCCGACUGGUGGCAACACCAACUACGGCCGCGGUACCAUGCGAAGUGGCAGCAACUGGCAUGCACUGGGCAGCGGUCGACGUGAUGCCCCCGACGACCAAACGGACGAGACGAGCAGUCAGAGGGCAAUCAAUGCCACCGGCCUCGACGAAUACGAGCUUCAGAACCGGAUAGCAAGCCCACAAGGCAUCACAAACAAGACGACAAUUCUCACGCAAAUGGAUGCCAAAUCCAGUGAUGAGAGUAUCGACCGCUUGGGCCAGUACACGCCUGGCAUCACCAAGACCACUGUUACAACGGUUGAGGUCUCCAAAUCGGAUUCCUCAUCCCCUUAA